AUGUCGUCCUUCCUCCGCAGACUACAGGGCGGCAACUUGGAAGUCUUUAAGUUUGGCAUGUACGUCCUUUUCCCAAUCGGCUGGAUGUACUACUUCGGCACAAACCUCGACGACCGUUUCAGCGUGAAGGGCUUCUGGCCCUCGGCCGAACAAUCGCACAAGAUCCCUCUGGACAAGGAGGAGAUUGACAAGGAAUUGGCUCGUAUGCGCAUGGUUGACGCCGUCAAGCGGGAGCGCGCGGAGAAAGAGCGUGCGGCAUUGGCUGCUGUGGAGGCUCAGGCCCAGGCUGAGACUCAGAUUCAGGAAUAA